AUGCUCGGCUCAGAUUACUCCACGAAGUUUGCUCCCUGGUUGGCCUUGGGCUGUCUGUCACCUCGGAAGAUCUUCGAGCAAAUCCGCGAGUACGAGAAAGAGAAAGUUGCAAACAAAUCCACGUAUUGGGUGCUCUUCGAAUUGAUGUGGCGCGACUUCUUCCGCUUCUUUGCUGCAAAGCACGGCAACAAGAUUUUCAAGCUGUACGGUGUUUCUGGUGGAGACUGGGAGUGGCAAUCUGAUGCCAAGCUUUUCCAACUCUGGGCCCGCGGAUUGACCGGCUAUCCCCUUGUCGAUGCCAACAUGCGAGAGCUCCGUGCCACCGGAUUUAUGUCGAAUCGUGGGAGGCAAAAUGUUGCUUCCUUCCUGGCGCUCGACAUGAAGAUCGACUGGCGCAUGGGCGCCGAUUGGUUCGAAAGCUACCUGGUGGAUUAUGAUGUCGCGUCCAACUGGGGAAAUUGGGUUCAUGCAGCGGGCAUGACGACUGGACGCAUCAACCGAUUCAAUGUCAUUCGGCAGUCAAAGAUGUAUGAUAAGGACGGCCGUUACAUCAGGCACUGGGUUCCCGAGCUUCGAAGCAUGCCUGUGAGAUACAUCCACGAGCCUUGGACGCUGUCGCCGGACGAGAAGCUGCAAUUUGGUGCCGAGAGUUAUCCAGCACCCUGCUUGGACCCAGCUAGCUUCCGCGAAGAGGGUGGUGGCAAAGGCAAAGGUCGCAAGAGGAGCAAAGGCGGACGUCGGCGUCGUUGA